UGGGUGUGUGUCACCUCCGUCUUUACCUGUCCGCUGUGCUCAUCUCCGCCGCCGCCGCCGUCGUUGGUCACUGCCCUCACCACCACUGUGAGCUAACGGGGUCCCAGCAGCAGGCCGUCCUCCAGUCCGCCUAUUUAAACAUGUUUCGAAACCCAUGGAUCUCUAGUUUCCAUGUGAACCAUGUGCAGCCCUGCAGGGAAGGAUUGGGAUCUAAAGUUUCGACAAAACUUUCCAGCUCGACCUCUCUACCAACAGAAACUCUAAGUUUUCAGAGUGACUAUUCCUUCAAAGACAAGACCAACUUGGUCAAGAGUGUUUCAGACACAGAUUCCAAACUUCUGUUUGUUCUUCCGAAGGUGUCGGAGUUGAAAAAGUACUUUGAGAGCUCAAUCUCCAAGGAUCCGGAAAUGAACAGGAAAGAGAGGAUAGCGCGACGACUAGAAGGAAUUGAAACUGAAGCGCCACCUGCUCUGGUGCCAGGUGGUUUAGUAGCCAACAGGAUGCUGGAAGAAGAUCCACCUCGAUACACCCGUGGUUCAGACCCCUGUGAGCCUCGUGGGAUGGUGAGGCGCUACAGCCGAGAGGAGAUGGAGCCGCCGCAGAAGAAGGUGACCUCUCCAGACAGAACGCCUCAGGUGAAAGGUGGCAAUGGCAGCAGACGCCCAGAGCCGGUUGUGGUUUACGUUGAUCCAGUGACGUUAUCCACCUCAUCCACACCCACAUCAGGUCCCCCGUCCAACCUCAGCUCCAAGGCCGAACGCAUCGCUCGCUACAAAGCUGAGCGUCGGCGCCAGUUGUCAGAACGCUAUGGCAUCCUCCUGGACCAAGAGGCAGACACCGAAUACACACCGCGGUACCGCUCCCGGCGUGAGCCGGACACCUCGGACCGCCAGGUCACCUCCAGGAGAGACAGAGAGAGAACAGAGGUGGAGACACAUGGACAGGAACCGAGGAUACCCUUCCGCUCUGGAGUGGGCCGGGUUUACAUGACGACACACCCGGAUCCUGCCCCUGCAGCCCAACCGAGGCAUGCCCACUCAAACCAAGCUCCUCCCCCAGCCCAAGAAAGGCCUGGCAGAUUCUCAGAGCAGGAGAGAGUGAUGAAUGUGGAGAAUCAUCGGCAAGCUGGGGCUCAGGAACGCUCGUUCACAUCGAGAGGCAAGAUGCAGGAGCAGCAUCAGCCUCAGCCACAACAGAGGCAGCACACCCAGCAACACGAUUCGUCCCACCGAGAUCAAAGCCCCGCCUCCACCAGGAGCUACACUAUCGCUGCGGUGCCUAGCUCCCCUCGCACAGCCCGCCGUGUAUCUUUGCCCUCCACACGCUACGGCAUCUCACCUGGAGAUUUAUUCAUAGAGCAGCAGGCUCAGAGCAUCCUCAACAGACAGGGAAUCCGAGUGAGGGAACGGUCGUCCAGGGAAGAAACACCCCAGAACGGCCCUGACCAAAGUCCAGACAGGCACCUCCAAAACAGACAUCACAGUCAUGGCAGCCCUGCUAAGUAUACAGCACAGUAUUCAGAGCACAACCAACAAAGGAGCCUUCCUCAACCUCAGCCUAGUGCGGGCCGCCAUCCUGCGCCUUCCACGAACGAGUACCAGCGCUCUGGCCCUGCUGUGGAUUCUCAGCCCGCUGUGGCAUUGAACGCUCCCGUGCCAACUGGGACGCAUUCAGGGCUCCCAGAGGCGCAACCACCGAGACGGGUGAGCGCCGACCAGAUCUACGUCGCUCAUAGGGAGGCAAGAAUGGAAGCGAGACAGGCCCUAAAAGAAGAAGCGCAGACAGAGGGCCUGCUCAAAAGCAGGAAGGCAGUGUUGCCCUCUGAAAUUCGCAGAAGGGAAAAGAGCGUGGAUGACACUCACAGGGGCAGGCAUGAAGACAUGGACUGGCAAAACAUCAGCCCGGAGCAAAGACGGAGAAGUUACUUAGAGGAAGAUUGGGACGAGGAGCGGCCGAGAGAGAGGGGUAGAGAACGAAAGGCCCAGAGAAUCACGGAGAGGGUGAGAGAGCAGCCUUCCAGUCAAGACAGCCAAGAGGAGAGAAUUUGUAGGUCUAUGCAGCCGGCCUACUCCUCUGUACGUCAUCAGCAUAGGCAGGAUCAAUCCAUGGAGCCCGCGCACCAUCAAGAGUCCCGAAUAAAGCAGCACAAGCCCCCAGAGCAGAAGCAGUGUGGAGUCAGAAAGCUCGAACUGACAGCUCAAACCCACCAAGACCCUCAAAGAGAACAUCACCCCAGUCACUUGAGGCACUCUCAGGAGAGCCAGAGAGAGUCUCGAGGACAGUACGUGCUGCAAACAAACGAGCCGGCAAGUAAACAGGAAAACGUUCAAAUGCAACCUCAAACUUCCCAGACGAAGGCAGAGGCCGUGCCACAGCACCAGAGGUUUGACUCUGUGGCCUACCUCCAGAGGGGCUCUUCGCUGCCUCAGGCCAAACACAGAAGUAUGGAAAUAAGUGGAGGGCCCAAACCCAAGAUACGAACCCGCUCCAUGUCAGAUAUAGGCGUAAGCCAACGCUCUGCCAUGUAUCAUGCUGAGAGAGCGGGGAUCGGGAGAGAGGCCACCCGAGUUGUCCCUCCACCCGGGAUGGCUAAUGGGGACGUGGGCACCCUGGACACGAGGGUAUCAGUAGCACGGCUGCGACACUCUUACCUGGAGAAUGCCAACCGGAAGCCGGAGCUAGAAACAGCUAAAGCCGAUCUCUCAGCCAAGGACGUGGAGCCAGCUAGCAGCGGCAACGAUGGGGACAGGGGGACUCGAAGGCCUCGCCGUUACAUAACCCCAGGAGACAGCCGCACGUCGGAGAGGUUCAGGACGCAGCCCAUCACUUCUGCAGAGCGCCUGGAAUCCGACAGAUCUCGUCUAAGCCCCUCCCAACUACAAGAUGCUGAAGGAGAUGAAGAAAAAGUGGACGAGAGAGCCAAGAUGAGUGUGGCUGCAAAACGGUCCCUCUUCAGGGAGUUGGAGAAAACGUCAGACGGAAGCGUUCCCAAACCCCGCUCACGAAACGCUGCCGUCGAACGGCGCCUGAGAAGAGUUCAGGACCGUGCACACACACAGCCUGUCACCGACAGAGAGGUGGUCAGUGCUUCCUGUGAUGCUACGGCAUCAUCACAACCAGAGGAGGUCCCCACAAGUCUAAAUCAGUCUGGAGCCAGAACCACUGGAACCAGCAUCAGCGUUCAGGCCUCUUCCCAGCCAAACUCAACAGCCCAGGAGCAGGAGGCAGAAACCCAGCGUCCCCAGAAAGAGAGUCAAGCUGAUAAAGAUGGCCACCAGGCUUUCCCCGAGGAGCCAGACUUUUCAACGCUCAGUCUGUCUGAGAAAAUGGCUCUGUUCAACCGCCUAGCCCAGCCCACAGAGAAAACAGCAGAGGUUGCUCGAGGGGACACCCGCCAGCGCAGAGCCAACGCCCGCUUCCAGACCCAACCCAUCACCCAGGGAGAGGUGGAGCAGGAAACUCUAAGCUCUGCGGCGUGUAACAGGGACUUAGACGCCCCUCGGGGAGAACACGUGAAAAGUGGAGGUGAAAUCAAGCUGGAGCCGCUGUCGGUCUCCCUGGUUCGAUCUGUGGCAGCCGUCGCUUCCCAAGCCUCCGUCACCACAGUGACUGUGGCCCCACAUAGCAGCGGGGACGGCCUCCAUCCUGAGAAAUCCACUGCCGUCCCGUACAUCCCUGCCCAACAACAGGGCCCCAGCACCACCAGCCUCCACCAGGAGAGGGCGCCGCGGUACUUCUCCCUCACCAAGAGAGGGCACCAGGGCCACAAUGAGGGGGAGCCUGAUUCCUCCCCCCUCCUUCCUGACAGCCCAGAGAAAGCUGGAGCCCCUCCUGCCGUCCCCUCAUCCUCAGUGGGUCACAGACAGCAGAGGGAGGCGCCGGCGGAGGGCCGGAGAGGGAGGCAAGAAGAGGAGGAGAGAGCUGGAGGGAGAGAGCAGGGAGGAGCCAGAGAAGACAGCAUUCAGAAGAAGAAGCUGCACUCCUCUGACAGGGACAGAGGGGACCAGCUGCAGCAUCCCAAGCAGUCUGCCGAGCCCUCUUUGUGGCGGGGUGAGCAGGAGCCUCUGGCCAGCAGGAGAGCCGCAGACUCCCAGGAGGGUGGGGAGAGAGGAAGAGGAAAAGGAGGACAGGCGAGGGAUGCUGCCGCAGCUUACAGCUCUUCCUCACAGGAGCUGAGGGAAAGCCAGGGAGGCGUCUCAGACCUGCCAGAUCAUCCGGGCCCGCCGAAGACGCUUGUAGCUAAGGUAUCAUCCCGGACUGCGUCUUACAUUUCAAGUGGCCAUCAGCAGCAGCAAAACGUCCUCCAGCCCCCUCAGACCCUCCCCAAACCCCCCUUACACAUCCAGCCGCAGCCCUACUCCCAGCCCCCGCCGACGUAUCCCAAACCUUUCACCCAUCCCCUGCAGACCCAGCCCAAACCUCCAGGACUGACCCAGCCGCUCCCUAAGCCUUACCCUCAGCUCGCCCCCCAGCCUCAGCAGGCCAGACCCCAGGCGCCUCCUCAGACGCCCCCUAAACCUCACUCCUUCCCCCAGGCUCUCAAGUCUCAGUCCGCAGAGCAUCUUGAGGACCUCAGCAGGAACAGCGUCCAUUCUGGAGACCUGCUGUCCCCCACGGAGCCUGGAGACCAGCUGUCUGACGGCAUGUCCACCAAACAGAUGUCCAUCAAGGAGAGAGUGGCUCUGUUGAAGAAGAGUGGCGAGGAAGACUGGAGGAACAGGAUCAACAAGAAACAGGAAGUGGUAAAAGUGGCAUCAGCCGAGCAGCAGCAGCAGCCUCAGCAAUGGGAGAUGGAGCCGAGCAGCCAGAACAAGGAGGAAGGGGAGGUCGCUCAGGACCAGAACGCUGUCCCUGGCUCUGAACAGCUUUGGGAGCCUGUCUUCUCCUCCACCUAUUCUCCUCCCAUUUCCCUUGGCCAAAAGUGCCAGUAUGUUGACCAUCACGGUCAGAAGGCUGGAGACGAGACAGAGGCCCAGAUGACCAUUGAAGAGAGGAAGCAGAUGAUUUCGACACGCGAGGAUGCCUGGAAGACGAAAGGCAAAGGGGCGGCCAAUGACUCCACGCAGUACACAGUCGCUGCGCGAAUGGUCAAGAAAGGCCUGGCCGCUUCCUCCUCAGUCAUCAGCCCCAUUCUGUCACCAGUCUCCACCAAACUCAAGAGCAGCACUCCGGCUGUCAACAAACCACAAGAGGAUAUCGAAGCCAGGCCGGACAUGGAGUCAGAUAAGAAGCUUGACAAGCUGGAGAGCUUUUUGGGGCGCAUUAAUAGCAAAGUGGCGGGUUUGCAGGAAACCACCAUAACAGUGACGGAGAAGGCGGUGAAGGAAGUGAUGAAGUUGGACGAUGAGAUUUUCUCCAAGUUCUACAGGCGCGUCGCAGAAUUUCCACGCAUGCCCACCAGGAUCGAGAUCAGCGAAGACUUUGACAGCAUUUUUGGAUCUCACGGUCCAACGCUGGCCUCGGCCAUGGUGCAGCACAAGCGAUCUGUGCGACCAGCCAGGAAUGUUCAGGCGUCUAAAAAUCCUCUUAAAAUGCUGGCAGCCAGAGAGGACAUUCGGCACGAAUACACGGAGGAGAGACUGAACGUGGCACAGUUGGAGAGCAAGAGGAUGAAGGCUGAGAAGAGUGAGUUCAGUAAAAGCUCGGAGUACUCCGAUGCGGCUCUGGCAGGUCUUGCCAGUAAAGAAAACUUCAGCAGUGUGAGUCUGCGUAACGCCAGCGUCUCGGAGCAGACCUCCAACAACAGCGCGGUGCCGUACAAGAACCUGAUGCUGAUCCAGGUCAAAGGUCGUCGUCACGUCCAGACCAGAUUAGUGGAGCCCAGAGCCUCCUCUCUGAACAGCGGGGACAGUUUUGUUCUUGUCACACCGGAGUACUGCUUUGUCUGGAUAGGAGAGUUCUCAAAUGUCAUUGAGAAAGCUAAAGCAAUGGACUUAGCCACUUUCAUCCAGACGCACAAGGACAUGGGCUGCAGGGCGAGUCAGGUGCAAACUAUCGAUGAAGGUGCUAAUGCACAGGGCUCUGAUGCACAGCAGUUCUGGACAAUCCUGGGUGGACAGAUGCCUCACAUGACGGCAGGUCCACCAGAGGAGGACGAGCGCUUUGAGAGUGGCAUCGUGGAAACCAACUGCAUCUUCAGACUGGUAGACGACAAACUGGUUCCUGACGAUGAGGAGUGGGGGAAGAUUCCCCACACGUCCCUGCUUGCGUCUAAGGAGGUGUUGGUGUUUGACUUUGGCAGCGAGGUGUACGUGUGGCACGGUAAAGAGGUGACUCUAGCACAAAGGAAAGUGGCCUUUCAGCUCGCCAAGCACCUGUGGAACGGGACGUUUGACUACACCUGCUGCGACAUCAACCCUCUGGACCCCGGAGGCUGCAACACGCUCAUCCCCAGAAAGGGCCAGGGCCGUCCUGACUGGGCCAUAUUUGGCAGACUCACUGAGCACAAUGAGACUAUCCUGUUCAAGGAGAAGUUCAUGGACUGGACUGAAGUGAAGUCCCCAACCCUCAAAGAAGGGAUCGAGUUUCCACCUGAGCAGAAGGAGGCCCCGGGACGCGAGUGUCGACCUUACGACACAUCCCUGAUGCUGCCUCUGCUCCAGUCGCCUGUUUGCACCAUUUUGGACGGGGUGAACGUCGGACGCGGCUACGGCCCCGUGGAGACGGAAGACCUCCUGAGGCUGCAGGAGAUCAGCACCGCGUCUGUGGACGUCUGGCACAUCCUGGAGUUCGACUACAGCCGUCUGCCCCGUCAGAGCAUCGGCCAGUUCCACGAGGGGGACGCCUACGUGGUCAAGUGGAAGUUCAUGGUUAGCACCUCAGUGGGUCGGAGGCAGAACCCUGAAGCGAGGAGCAGCGGGCCAGGGAAGGAGAAAUGCUGCUAUUUCUUCUGGCAGGGCAGGAACUCCACCGUCAGUGAAAAGGGAACGUCGGCGCUGAUGACGGUGGAGCUGGACGAGGAGAGAGGCGCUCAGGUCCAGGUACAGCAGGGAAAGGAGCCGCCAUGUUUCCUGCAGUGCUUUAACGGAGGGAUGAUCAUCCACGCUGGCAAGAGAGAGGAGGAGGAGGAGAACACUCAGAGUGAGUGGCGUCUGUACUGCGUGCGGGGUGAGGUGCCGGUGGAGGGCCACCUGCUGGAAGUGGCGUGUCACUGCAGCAGUCUGCGCUCCAGAGCCUCCAUGAUCCUGCUCAACAUCAACAAAGCCCUCAUCUACUUGUGGCACGGCUGCAAGUCUCAGCUGCACACCCGCAGCGUUGGGAACACAGCCGCGCUCAAAAUCAAGGAACAGUGCCCCCUGGAGGCCGGCCUUCACAGCAGCAGGAGAGUGACCAUCCAUGAGUGCGAUGAAGGAGUCGAACCUGCAGGCUUCUGGGAGGCGCUGGGGAGAAAAGACAGGAAAGCUUAUGACUGCAUGCUCCAAGAUCCAGGUAAAUUCAACUUCACUCCACGGCUCUUCCAGCUGAGCAGCACAUCUGGAGACUUCGUAGCCACUGAGUUCUUCCACCCGUCCAGAGCGCCGGAGCUGGUCAGCUCGCUGCCGUUCCUGCAGGAAGACCUGUACAACGCUCAGCAACCCGCUUUGUUUCUGGUGGACAACUUCCACGAGGUGUACCUGUGGCAGGGCUGGUGGCCUCAGGACAGCGAGAGCACCGGCUCGGCCCGCAUCCGCUGGGAUGCAGACAGGAAGUGCGCGAUGGAGACCGUGCUGCAGUACUGCAAAAAGAAGAAUGAGAAGAAGCCUCAGAAGUCGUACUUGAUCCACGCAGGCCUGGAGCCGCUCACCUUCACUAACAUGUUCCCCAGCUGGGAGCACAGAGAGGACGUGGCUGAAAUCACAGAGAGAGAGGCAGAGGUGUGUAACCAGAUCAUCCUGGUGGAGGACGUGUUGGCCCGACUCUGCCAGAACACCUACCCUCUGGCUCAGCUGCAGGCCCGGCCGCUGCCGGAGGGAGUCGACCCGCUCCGCCUGGAGGUCUACCUUUCUGACACGGACUUUGAGAAUAAGAUGUAGGUGGAUUCAGAAAGCUUUGGAAAUGAAGAGAGAGGACUACGAAUGUCUACCAGGGUGGAAGCAAGUGAACCUAAAGAAGGCCAAAGGACUGUUUUAAGCACUUUUUUUUUUUUUUUUAACUGAAGAUGGCAAGUGAAGAAGCAGAAGAGCGAACGUCUGAGACGGGAACACCAGAAGAUAUGUCAGAAAACCCCUACAUGAAGGAUUAGACUGAGGAAGCCUGUUUCGCUCCUCAGCUGUGUCAGUAUUAAGCAGAAUUCAAUCCCUGUGGUUUAUGGGCCGGUUAAAAACUCCUCGCUGUGAUUCAUUUUAGGUCUUUAACCUCUCUUCCCAGCCCUGAAGUCACCAUUUGAGAAAAAAAAAAAGAAGAUAGACGCUUGUCAGAGUGCCAUGUCGUGGCUGUGUGUACGCGUGCGACUGUAUAUAAUGUUCGUGUGACUAAUGUUUCCUGCUGUAAAUGUGUGUGUAAGUGACUCGGUGACUUUGUACCCUUGUAAAGACGAACGUCGGGUGUUGCAGAGAGAAACAAAACGCUGCCAGGCCUCAUAGAUGACUCCCAAUUGACGUUGUUAAGCUGCAGAGAGACUCCUGCUAAACCAAAUGGCCGAGAGGCGAGCUGUAACGUGAAGAGAGACAACACAGUGCCUUGCUUUUUUGUGUACAGUUUAUAUACAGAAAUUCUAGUCUGCAUUUUUAAAGACUUUCUUUGUGAUAUAAGACAUAGUGGAUUAAAUUAAAAGACAAUGCCCAAACCGAA